CCGCAGAUGGCUUCUCCUCAGUAGAUUCCAUCAUCUCAGUAUCGCGAAGUUGGUCCAGGAAUCCGGACAUGCCAAUAGGUAUUUUACAUGGGAUCAAUAAACCCUUCAGUUCUUUGUGGGAGCCUUGCUCACAGCCCUAAUCAGAAGCCCAUGGUGGGGGAAUUUACUCAUUCAGACGCAGAACUUUGGAAGAGGCGCUGCUAGGCGAGAGCUGGCAUUGUGCCACGACAGCCUUCAUAACCACACGGUCACAAAUUUGCUCGUGUUCUUUGAGCACACUCAACAGCCGCACCGAAGGAGGUUACCACAACCAUCACAUGUCACCGCCGACGUCGGGAUAUUUUUUCUCCCCCUCGCCCGCGAGUGCCGUCCAGAACAAUGCGGGGAAGAUAGCGACCGGGCCGACACAAGCUUCUUGGUUCUCUCUAGCUCCCUCCACAGCCCGCACUUCCCCGGACUAAAGAAGUGGAGCCCCAUCCUUUUCCCCGGAGCCAGGGCGGAGCAUCCGUCCUCAACAUCGGGAUGAUCCCGUCUUGUUGGACCCCCUUCCCGGCCGGCAGAUGGUGUUUCUGUCAUCACUGCCCUCGGACGUUUGCUCGCGACGCGAUGGGGGCACGCAAUCUCUUGGCCCGGUGUCCGGUGGCGAGUAACAGCUGUACUCACUUCGCGAUGAUUGCCAGCCAGUACAUGUGUAGGACAGGAAUCGCACAACAGACUUAUAUACGCUGGCUUACCUAUGCUCUUGCACUUGCCGAUCCCUGACUCGGCCUUCUAGAUUUCUCACUUACAGCCAACCCCAGCUCAACACCGGUCUUAUUCCCCCACCUUCUGCUGUCGAUCAUAUCUAGGUACCUACCUUAUCCAAGCAUUCACACGCAAUGACACCAGAAGAAAGAGUCCCCGUCCUCAUCGCGGGCUCAGGCUCAGCAGGCCUCUGCGCGGCCGUGUGGCUGGCCCGCUUCAACAUCCCCUACAAGAUCCUCGAGCGCCGCAAUGGCCCCCUCGAGAUUGGACAGGCAGACGGCGUGCAGACCCGCACAGUCGAGAUCUUCGAUUCGUUCGGGAUAGCAGAGGAGAUGCUCCGGGAGGCCUACCACGUGCUGGAGAUUGCCUUUUGGUCCGCCCCCGACGCCGAGAAGGGCAUCAAGAGGGCCAAGUACGAGGCCGACAAAGAGACCGAGAUCAGCCACCAGCCGCACGUCAUCCUCAACCAGGCGAGACUCAACGAGUUGAUGACGGGGUUGUUGGGGUCGAACCCACCGAUUGAGUACCGAUGCGAGGUGAAGAAUGUGGUGGUGGAUCAGAAUGCGGAUAGCAGCGAUUUGGAGUCUUACCCGGUCAGAGUGGAUGCUGUUCGGGACGGAGUUCAAAAGACGUAUCGGGCGAAAUAUGUGCUUGGCUGUGACGGCGCACACAGCAUCGUCAGGAAAUCCCUCGGCUUCAAGAUGGUGGGCGACAGCUCAGACGCAGUCUGGGGUGUCAUGGACAUCUACCCCCGCACAAACUUCCCAGACAUUCGCAAAAAGGCGGUCAUCAACUCAGCAGUCGGCAACAUCCUCCUCAUCCCCCGAGAGGGCGACUCCAUGGUCCGCUUCUACACCGAGCUCCCGGCAGGCACCAAAGUCAGCGAUGUCAGUCUCGAAAAGCUGCACGACCACGCCCGCAAGGUGUUUCACCCUUAUGAGAUGGAGUUUGCGGAGACUUUCUGGUGGUCAGCCUACUCCAUCGGUCAAAGAAGAGCCGACUUCUUCCACCGAGAUCACCGUGUGUUUUUGACAGGUGAUGCGUGCCACACUCACUCUCCUAAAGCCGGUCAGGGUAUGAACGUCAGUCUGCAGGACGGCCACAACAUUGGAUGGAAGCUUGGGAUGGUCCUGCAGGGCCUUGCACGCCCAGAUAUUCUCGAGACGUAUGUGCUUGAGCGGGAGCGGACGGCUACCGAGCUGAUCGACUUCGACCGCAAAUUCACAAAGCUCUUCAACACCAAGUACCGCCAGGAACACGGCAUAACGGCGGGGAUGUUUGCGGAGCAGUUCACCAAGGCGGGCAGGUACACGGCUGGCCAGGCUGUGCAGUACGAUGCGUCUGCCAUAACCGAUAUUGGAGAGCACGACAAGGAGUUGGUGGCAAAGGUGACAGUCGGCAUGAGGUUUCCCACGGCGCAAGUGGUGCGGUCGUGUGACGCCAAGGCCAUGCAGCUUGUGAAGGGGCUGCCAGCGAACGGGCAGUGGUAUAUCGUGGUGUUCUCGGGAGAUCUGUCGCAGCCCGAAGCGAUGUCGAGGUUGGACGAGAUCUCUUCAACACUCUCCCAAACAGUCCAGCGCCUCACGCCGACUGGUGUGGACCCAGAUGGCGUGAUCGACCGGAUAUUGGUGACAGCGGGCGACAGAAAGAAGGUUGAACUGGACGCCAUCCCGGAUUUCUUCACACCGGUAACCGGGAAGUGGAAGAUGAAGAAUCUGGGCAAGAUCUAUGCCGAUGAUGAGAGCUACAACUCGGGACACGGCCAUGCGUAUGAGGCUUAUGGAGUCGAUGCUUCCAAGGGCGCCAUUGUGGUCGUGCGGCCUGAUCACUAUGUUGCCAAGGUUUGCAGGUUGGAGGAUGUCGAGUCUCUGGGAAGCUUCUUUGAGGGCUUCUUGGUGCCUGCUAGAAGUUGAUGAGGCACUCAAGAGGUUGAGAAUAGUGUAAAAUAUAGGUAUCCAAUAAUGAUCUUUGGGAACUCCAACGUCUGUAUUAUGUACCAAGCUUGCC